AUGGGCAUUAAUUUUAAUUUCAGGAUAAACCUGGACGAAUCGAUUAAUCACCCAGAGCCGUUGCAAAAUCUUCUGGAUCAUCUCCUCGAGCAGAUGACGCAGAGCAGCAAGUGCAUUGUCUUCACGAUCGAUCCUCACUACCGGAAAUCGAUUCGAUUCAACUGGCGGAUAAAUUCUCUUCCUUACUAUUCAAUUUAUGUACGAGAGAACGAGGAACUAUCACCGCCGAGGGAAAAAAUAAAAGGAAUUCUCAGGAAGAGUAAAGAUGACGCCUGUGAUGUCUACGUUUUUUUGAUCGCUAAUGGACUGCAAGUAUCGCAAUUAUUGGAGUACGCAGAGAAAAAUCGGUUGAUAAACGCGCAAGGCAAUUUUCUUCUGGUUUACGACGAUCUACUUUUCGAUGGGGAAAUGAAAUAUGUAUGGAACAGGAUUAUAAAUGUGGUGUUUAUUCACCGGUUCUCGAUCCUGGUGAGGAAGUCUGACAGGAUAUCCUCGAAGGAGUGGUUUAAUCUAGAAACGAUUUUGUAUCCAGUUCGUGCGGAAGACUUCGUGAAGACUCGAUACGUCAACACGUGGUACAAAAAUCGAAUGAUUAAUCGAGAUAUCGAUAAUCCUUUCACGAAUGAAACCCUGAGGCUGGAAAAAAAACGCCUCAAAGUUGCCGUUUUCGAACAUAUCCCCGCAGUCACCCAAUAUUCCAGACAAUUCUAUAAAAAUCCUGAGGGUUACAGCGAGAAAGCCCUAGGAGUAGAGUUCGAGAUCCUGCGAGUCCUCACGGAGAAAUUGCUCUUCAGACCGAUUUUUUAUCGUCCUGACGGGAUCGAAAUCGAUAAAUGGGGAACAAAAAAAGAGAACGGGAGCUACAAUGGACUCCUGGGGGAAGCCGAGAAUGGAAACGCCGAGUUCUUCCUGGGAGACCUCCAGAGCACCCUGAGACACUCCCACCUCCUGGAGCUGUCUUAUCCCUACAAUUCCGAGUGCCUGACAUUUCUCACUCCAGAAUCAUUAACCGACAACUCCUGGAAGCUCCUGAUAUCUCCAUUUCGACUCUACACCUGGAUCUCGGUAAUUCUGAUUCUUCUGGUAGUGGCUCUGGCAUUCCACGUGUUCGCGUUAUUCUACCAGAAGGAGAUAAUGCCCCACGUUAAAACAGGAAUGACCGGGAUCAAUCGAGAGAUGAGAGGCUUGAGUAUUUUUACUGACAUGCAGAACAGCAUCCUGUACACGUACAGCAUGCUGCUGCAGGUAUCCCUCCCGAGGAUGCCAAGACCCUGGGCCCUCCGGGUCUUCAUCGGCUGGUGGCUGCUUUAUUCUAUUCUAGUUACUGUGGCAUAUCGCGCCAGCAUGACAGCCACCCUUGCCAAUCCUGUUGCGAGGAUCACCAUUGAUACCCUGAAGCAACUAGCGAGGAGCAAAAUUUCACUCGGUGGAUGGAGUCAUGAGCAACGAGAAAUUUUUUAUUCAUCUCUCGAUCCCGAUCUGACGGAAAUCGGUUCUAGAUUCGAAUUGACUCACAGGGAGGAUGAUGCUGUGGCUAGGGUUGCUAAUGGGACCUUUGGAUAUUAUGAGAAUAUUCAGACACUCCAGGAAGCUAGAGCUAAACGUCAACUGCUGGAGGAAAUGCAGAUGAAGAGGUCGAGUCGUCGGGAUCGGGUCAUUGGGGACAGAAAUUUGCACAUCAUGUCGGAGUGCGUGAUUUAUAUGCCGAUUGCCAUUGGAAUGGAUCGGAAUUCACCGCUCAAGUCACGAGUCGAUGAAAUUCUCCACGGAGCUCUCGUGGCCCUGGGCAUCGGCUACUCCCUAGGUCUCCUUACCCUCGUCAUCGAGAUCAUCCACUGGAAAUACUUCGUGAUGAAGAACCCGGCCUUCGACAAAUACCAAAUGGACAUUUUCUACUCCAUCCCUAGAUCAAACUUCAUCAAUUGCAAAUAA